GUAGGGUUUUUGGAUCGUCAGCGGACAUUGGCCUUGCUGGAAAGAUUCUAUGAUCAAAGUUCACAAAUGCUUAGGAGUUUACUCCGAAACCCAAGACAAUGGCCAUUGAUUGAAUUUGAAGAGAUAGACUUGCCUGAGUUUUGGGGUGACAUGGAUAAUCAGAAACACAUUUAUGAAGACUUUGACAAAGUGCUCUUAGAGAUGAACACAUUACUUUCUGAAAAACAUGUUAGCAAAACCCAAAGUAAAUUAUUAGAAAAUCCAGAAGAUCAACAUAAACACGAUGAACAGAGAAAAUCAGCACCAACAUUAAACCCACCAGAAGAGCAGAGAGGGACAACUGCAGAACAGGGACCACACAGAAUUUCAGCUGAAGAACAAGAACAAGGCAAAGAGCCAUCUGCAGAACAAGAACUGUACAGAGAACCAGAAACAGAACAAGAAACCCUCACAGAGUCAACUCUAGAACAAGGAUCAAGUAGAGAAUCAAUAAUAGAAAAAGGUCCACACAGAGUGUCAGUUUCAGAACGAGGCUCACGCACAUACUCAAUAAUAGAACAAGGACCACGCAAACAGUCAUCUUUAGAACAAGGAUCAUGGAGAGGGUCAAUUGCAGAAUCAGGGUCACGCAGAGAAUCAAUUACAGAACAAGAACAGCGCAGAGGGUCAACACCAGGACAAGGACCACACAGAGUGUCAGCCUCAGAAUACAGAUCACAUAGAGAGUCAACAAUUGAAGAACCAUUACAAAAGUCAGAACAAAAACCUGAUGGAGAGACAACUCCAGAAGAACAACAGGUCAUAGAUUUAACUUCGCAAUCAAGAAAUGGUAGUAUCUCAAGAGAAAGUUCCAAAUCUGGGGAGGUUACUCCCUCUGAGUACAUUGAAGAGAGGUCUUGGGAGCAAACACAUGAAGAAGUAUUCGUGAGUACUGAACUGCAAGCAGAAGUUCCAACACCAAGUAGCAGAGAUCUUUCAGAAACUGCAAAUGUGGAAGUUCCAAAAGACAAAUCCUGUGAACCCAAGUCCCAAACAAUAGAAGGAAAGUCAUGGUCAGGUGAAUUUUUGACUUGUAACUGGAAAAAGAAGUAUGUCAAAUUUGAAGAUGAGGAACAGGCAGAAUUAAUCUAUGGUUGCUCCAGAUUCGCAGCCCUACACUCAAUUAUCAGAAAUAUUCAGUCUUACAAGGAAGUAAAAGGAAGGACUGCCUUCAAUGGAGUUUCCUUCAAUCUGCUUCAGUUUGUACAACUCCUGGAGACAUUUGUUGGUGAAGAUUCUCCUUUGAGUGUCACUGAGAUGCUUGUUUCCUUUUUUAAGGGAGGUUAUGUGGAAACUAAAGAAGAGAAAAUGAGUGCCUUAGAACAGGUUAGACAAAAUGCUUUCCAAGCCCAUCGGGAGCUUCUCCUUGAAGCCCUCUUUCAGGAGUGGGACAGUGAUGGCUCAGGCUUCCUGGAUCUGAAGGAGGUUGAUGAACUCUUGUAUGCGUACAAGAAGGGAAUGGAAAAAGAAUCCAUGAAGAAAGCUAAACUACACAUACAAUUUCCAAAGCCACACCCUAGUCAUGAAGUGAGGUUGUCUUCAAAACAAUUUCAGAAAUACAUACAAUUGGUUGUAUCUGAACUCAGGGGCAAUGAAGAUCAAGUUCUAGAAAAUGUUGUGGAAUUUCUGAUGACUACUUUAGAGAGGAACCGUACUGAGAGUCUGAGGAAUUGUGCCAGACGGAAGUGGCUGCACCGAAUCCAACAUGCUGCAGAGACAAGUGGGGUGUCCCUGGAGCCAGUGUACACUGAGACCUUUAAGGCCCUCACCCAGGACGCUGAAGCACAUGGAAAUAAGAAGAUCAGUGCUCACAUUUCCCUCUUAGAAGAAAACCUACUACUGCCUGAUAGAGGAAAUGUUCUGUUGAGGAAUGUGGCUUGUACCUUAGAUGAUGCUCCAUUUGUGCUGAACAGAGUGCUUUACAGGGACAUGAAAGGAAUCAGCUUUACAGUAGUGGAUGAAGGUGUGCCAAUCCAUGUCCCCCAAGUUCAGUACCAUGGGAACAUCUUCUUCUGGAACCAUUCCCGCAAUGAGAAUGAUCAUAACGGGUCAUUCCUGGCUCUGCCUCUUCAAGAUGCACAUAUGAGGAUCUUUGGGGUCAUGGCUGUUGAUACCCUUAGAGAUCCCCGUGAAAUAAACAUCUUCCUACCUCAUGAGAUCAGAUUCUAUCAGGGUGUUGCCAAUGUUUUUAGCACUGCCUAUCACUACGUCCACAGCCGUGAGCACAUCCUGCAUAUUGUGAUGACUGGCAUUGGCUGGCUCUAUGACUACACACCUGGCAUCACCUCCAUCACUACGUACUUCAUUGAGCCUAGCCCAGACCAGGAUUCAGACUAUGUUUUACGCAAAAUGAUGGUCACAGGGCAGCUGGGUCUAACAGAAAUUCACAAAAAUCCACCUACUGUCUUGAGGAAGUCAUGUAUCUUCAGGGAUUUCCUCUUUAAGUGUACAGACAGUGCACAAGUUGUUUUGGCCUCUGCCUGUGGAGAAACCCACAUAGUUAUUCCACUUCGUGAGAGAACAGGAAAGGCUCUGGGAGUCCUCGAUUUUAACAUUGGCCGAAGUAGGAUGUUGUUGUAUCAAGAGUUUAAAGAUCUACAGAAAAUGAUGAAGGUGAUCCAAGCUGCCUGCUAUGAAAUACUGGGUGAACUCUCUGGAGAGACAAAGAAAAAAUAUGUCUUAGAGAUUGAACAUGUAGGGGAAGUCCAGCGGGCAGGAAUUAUCUUCUUCCGAAUCAUGCUGCGGGAGCUGCAGGAAAGCCUCCAGCUACUCAAUUCCAUGGACUUUGUGUCACUGUUGCUCUAUGAUCAUAAGCCUCUCACAGAGCCAAAUUAUCCUCAAGACAGCAUGUCCCUGGAGUUGGAAGCCAACAUAAAACUAGUGCAGGACAUCUUGAGAGGCGUUAUCUUGUUCUUUCAUCCAGAGCUGGAAUUUUCAGGAGACUUUAAAAAUUGGGAUAAGUGUAAAUUUCAUGUUAACAGAUAUUUAGUCAAGAGUAUUUGUGCCUUUGAUCCAACUGCUAGCCAUGUGGUGGUGAAUUUACAGCUCAUUGAUGAAUAUAUCAGAGAUCAUUCCAGAACCGAAGUAUGGAAAUUUGGUAACAUUGUCAUUGAACACCUAUACCACUGGAUACACAUCUGUUCAGCUCUCAUGCACCUAAAGAAAAAGCUAAAUAGUGCUAUUAUACCUCCAUUGCCCUCCAAGUCUGACAACUAUAUGUAUGCGAAAAUGCCAGGGGAAAGUUCCCAAGGGAAAUGAUAAUGGAAUUGGUACUGUAUUUAGGAUACUUUGGUAAUGUUCACUUCUGUUUAACUAUAAAAUAUUUUCAAUUGGAAAGGAAUGCCACAUAGACAUAUUCUGCUCCUAGACAUUUACCUUAGUACCUUCUAAAGCCUAAGGAGAAAUUUUAUCUAAAAUUCAGUUAAGGUAGUCAUAACCAAAUGUAUUUAUGUAUAUUACAGAAUAUAUUUGAAAGUCUCCUUUUAGUUUGAGCUUUGUAUCUGCCAUGAAACUGCUAUGGUUAAUUGGGUAUUUUUUUCAUUCUUGUAAGGUAAAAACUAAGUAAAAGACAUAGAAUUUAGGGGAAAAUGGCAGUUUUUACAUCAAGAGAGUGCUAUACAAUAAAGAUUUUUUUUAAUGGA